AUGCUACUGGUUGGUACUGGAGGCUGCUGGUGGCUACUAAAGGCUACUAGAGGCUACUGCAAGCUGCUGAAGGCUACUGCAAGCUGCUGGAGGCUACUGCAAGCUGCUGGAGGCUACUGCAAGCUGCUGGAGGCUACUGAAGGCUACUGGAGUCUACUGCAAGCUGCUGGAGGCUACUGCAAGCUGCUGGAGGCUACUGCAAGCUGCUGGAGGCUACUGCAAGCUGCUGGAGGCUACUGCAAGCUGCUGGAGGCUACUGCAAGCUGCUGGAGGCUACUGCAAGCUGCUGGAGGCUACUGCAAGCUGCUGGAGGCUACUGCAAGCUGCUGGAGGCUACUGCAAGCUGCUGGAGGCUACUGCAAGCUGCUGGAGGCUACUGCAAGCUGCUGGAGGCUACUGCAAGCUGCUGGAGGCUACUGCAAGCUGCUGGAGGCUACUGCAAGCUGCUGGAGGCUACUGAAGGCUACUGGAGUCUACUGCAAGCUGCUGGAGGCUACUGAAGGCUACUGGAGUCUACUGCAAGCUGCUGGAGGCUACUGCAAGCUGCUGGAGGCUACUGGAAGCUGCUGGAGGCUACUGCAAGCUGCUGGAGAUUGCUCGAAGUUACCUGAUUGA